CAAGUUGUCAAAAAAGUCUGAGGUGGCGCUGAUAUGUGCAUACUUGAUGGAGGCCAACGAUGCACGUGCUACACGUGACACUCCGGCGUUAAAUUUUGCCUCAUUUUCUCAAACUCAAAAAUAUGAAAGGUAAAAAUUCAUGUAUUGUAAUAUGGAGGGUAAAAACCCUUAAAUCCGAAAAGUUAAGGGGCAAACGGUACCUUUUGCCGGGGAAAUGAACCUUUUUUGUUAACAGCUUGCAUGAGCUCUUUGCUGUCAGAUUCAAAAAUUCUCUUUAUUAUUAUUCUAACGCUAUGAGUAGGUUUUGAUCCUCCGUCCCCCGCACUCCCCCUCCCCCCUCCUUUCUGUCCGAGACCUCCAAUCCAAACAGUAUAUCUUUACCAAUUCGAGCUCGAUCUGAUCGUAUUGAGAAACCCUCCAAGUUUAAGCCAUGGGUGUUACUGAUUGGUUUUAUCCAACUCUUCGUUCCCUCGGUCUGUGGCAGAAGGAGGAGACGAUGAAGGAGGAGACGAUGAAGGAGGCGACGAUCUUGGUUCUGGGUCGUGGUAGUCAUGAAAAGACCGCCUUGCUUUCUAUGCCGAAAGAUGGGGGGAUACCCCCGCCAGACCGCCGUCCAACAUCAGGGAAGCUAAGCCAUCCAACAUCACGGGAGCUUAGUAUUGGGAAUAUUAAGUUCAAGUUAUUUGAUUUGGGAGAUCUUCAGACUGCACGCAGAGCCAUGAGGGACUACUAUUUCAAGGUAAACUAAAAAAUGAAGCUUUUUUUUUUUUUUUUGUCUCUCAUGAGCCCUUUGUUUCUAAUUACAACUUUCUCAUCAUUGAGUUCGUCACUCAUAUAUUUGUCUGCACAUUUUUUAUUAUUUUGACUAUCUCAAGCUGUAGAUAUACCAAAUUUUGUUGCUUUCUGAGUUUGAUGUCCGAUUGGUUAAAUUUUGCCUCAUAUUUGACAGCACGCAUUUUAAAUUAAGCCUUUAGGUUGACACUUAUAGAUCUCAUAUGCAGACCACAAUUUGGAAAUCUUUUCAAAGGGGGUUUAAAUGGUUAAUUUGGUUAGGCUUGUAAUAUGUCCAAAUUUACAAUUGCGCAUGCAGAAUUGUUUAAUUGAGAUAUGAACACAUCUUCCACAAUACCUUAGAUAGGCAUAAGAUGAUAUCUUACCAUUGUUGCGUCCACUUUCCUUGAAACAUGUUGCUCUAGUUAUAGUUGAUGUUCGGGCAGCUUUAAUAACUCUUACUGUUGAGAUCAUGAGCAGCUCAAACACCUGAAAAUCCUGCCACAUGUAAUUACUCCAUUGGUACACUUGCAAAAAUAAGAGUUCAUGCAAAAAUAAGAAUUAUGCAGUGUACGGAGAGGGGGCACCCUUUCUGCCUUCUGCAUGCUCUGAAAAACUUCUUUAUGUAACAUUUCAUUUCAUGUUUUACAUAUCAUCAAAUCUUUUAUCUGUUUUUGUUUUUGGUUAUAAAGAGUCUUUGUAUUAGUUUCAUUUAGAGAAUAAAUAAAUAAAGAAGAAAUCAUUUUCCUCGUCUUCUUUUUUUUCUGAUAAAGACUUGUUUCUUGU